AUGGCCUUUCAAUCGGCCCUCUUACCAAUAUUGGUCUUGGGACUGAUGUCUAGUUUGGUGCGUUGUGCCCCCUUCCCUGGCAGGCUGAAUGGCACAGUGGAACGACGCUGGGAGACACUGUACUCGCGGUCCUUGGCUCGGAUCCCUGGGGAGAAACGAGAGAUAAACCGGGACAGCGACUAUCUUAUGGGCAUUAAACGGCUACGACGCCUUUAUUGCAAUGUAGGAAUUGGGUUUCAUAUUCAAGUUUCACCCGAUGGGAGAAUAACAGGAGUGCACAAUGAAAACCGUUACAGUAAGUUCAAAAUGAUUAUUGCACUUUUACGCAUUAGAUUGUCUUCUCACAUUAGUUGCAUGUACCUCUUGUGCUGUCAUUCCCAACCUGAACUCUGGCCUGCCUGGUCAUUCCAUGCACUUAUAGCCCGUUCCCGUGCGAGCCAUUGGUAUUAGAAUAGGCCUUUCAUAAAAUGAAAUCAAAUAUUUCAUAUUUCAUAACAUAUUUCAUGCAAUCAAUUAUAAAGAACUUAAGUGACUUACGCAAAUGUUUUUUAAUUAGAUGUAUAAAAACAUGUUUUUAUGUGCCACUUGUGUAUUCCAAUUAGCCUAUACUAAUUUGAAGAGACUGCUAGAUCGUGUCUUCAUCAACAUAUUAUCACGAUAUGAAUAUCUGGCAUAUUAUGUGAUAGUGUCAGUGUCGGGGCAGGGUUAUCUUGGCACGGUUUGAAAUGCCUCACCAAUGUGUUUAAUUUGAAAGUGGAAUAGAUAUGACUUGAUUGCAGUAUUAGAAUGUGCUUCUUAUUUCACUGCUGAUGAAAUACGUUGUCUGUGUGGCAUCGGUAACAUGCAGUGCUAUGCUAGCUAGCUAAAAAGCAAUGCCUAUUAAAUAAAUAGGUCUAAGUGUCUUGUGUCAAAGGAGAGAAUAAGGUAGGUAUGCGUUGGAACAUCUGGAGGCUAAAAAUGAUGUGUGGGUGCUUUCCACUCUGAAACCAGUGUCUGAAAUAAGAGAUUUCUAGGAACCAAGCCAAUAUCCAAUACGUCCUAAAGUUAGGACGGCGAUCUGUUACGGUAAAUUAACCCCUUGGCCUUACGUGUCAAAUUAAUGUCCCAUCGAGACAAAGUCAUAUUCGAUUACAUUUGCAGACACAAAGAAUAACAAACAUUUACUUGUCUAACAGUUGUCAUUGCAAACAUGACCCUGUAUCUUCUCAACGAUAUAAUGUGACAAAUACGCCCCUAUCGCCAAUAUCGACAAGGUCUGCCUGUGAACUUAAAGGUUGUUUUGUGUUCCCUUGGCCUAUUUUGAGACAUGACAUAAAAUUCAAGGGAGAUCCAUUACACAGAUACUGUUUGAACAGCUCUAGUCGCCAUAAAAACACCUUUAAAAAAGGGAGCCAGACAUCAUUCUGGACUCAAAAGUCCAGGAUGUAAAGUACAAGUGAGGACUUAAAUUGGACAUUAGGUGACAUAUGAUGCUUCAGUUAGGACACUUUUAAUAAAAAGGCACAAGAACAGCACCAGAGGUCCAUAGGCUCCUUGAUUGACCUUAUCUGUAACAAAUGAUGUGUCAAUGUUUGUUAAUGCACUGUCAAACAUUUCCUGUAAAAUGUACACUAACUUACUGGCAGUAAUGGCCAGUAGGUUAUUAUUUUACAGUACAGCUACUGUUAUCCAUUUUACGGUAAUCCAUUUUACGGUACCAAAAAUGUUACUGUAAUAUACUUUACAGGAUAUUACUGGAAUUACCCAUGCAGCGACAUGUUACCCAGUGUUCUUUGCAAGUUUUCAUUUUUACAUUGACAUUUUGUUCAUUUAGCGGUGCUCUUGUCAUUAACAACUUACAGUCAGUGUAUUCAACCAAGGUUGAUAGCAAGUAAAAAGUAAUAGCAAGUAAAACGUUUCUGUAACCGUUACUGGAAAUGUUGUUGUAGUUGAGGAUACAUUGGUAUUCAAAAUAAUUGUAAUUACAACAAGAUAUCUUAAAUUUUCUGACUAUCUCUGGAUAGUGUCAAUACAAUACUGAGAUAUUCAUGGUAACUUGAUGCCAGAGCAAUGAAACACAGUGCAAUAUGUUACAUGUGACUCUUAAACUGUAAGAACAUUAUUUCUACAGUAUUUUACUGUAAUUACAAGGGAUUAGCGCAAGCAAGUUGGCUGUAUGCAUUUGCAUAUUACAGCAUACUAAUGAAUACUUGUUGUUUUCUAUCACUUGCACUUCUAGAGGCCUAAACAAAGGCUUCCAAACUGUCCGUGAUUACAGGGCAAAACAGAUCAAAUGGACAUGGGUAAAUAUUCAACCAUUAAAAGGUUUAAGACCCGCUACCACUCUGAUCUGUUCCCUAUAUACAUUUAAUUGUUAGGGAAUUACUACCACAUAUCACUUAAAUUGGUACAGGACUCUCACGAUCGGAUGCAACCAAUAUAGCCACUACAAGGCAUGCCUUAAGAUAUGUUAAUGAGCCAGCGAUUCUUUCUCCUGCCACAAUAUUUCUCCACAAUGCACAAUCAUUUACAGUAUGCUGCAGUAAAUACAUAGCAAAACACCAAUACAGUACUUUAUUGUUGAAUUCCAUUUAAUAUUUCAUAUUCACAAUUGCUAAUAGUGAAUAUUUAAUUAUAUAUUACACUAUACCAACUGAUAUUUGGUGUUUUCUUUCCCUUGCACUUUAGGCCUUAACAAAAGCUUCUAAAUUGACAGCGACUACAAGCCUCUUUCUUGGAGGAUGCAUGCUCGCGCAAUUUGAAAGUUUGUUUCUGUCUCCAGACAUGAGUGAAAUCAACUGAUGACGUGAUAUGAAGAUAGUUGCAUGUGAACCACAUACAAGACUAUUUGUUUUCCUCUUUCCAGGUCUCCUUGAGAUAUCUCCAGUAGAGAGAGGAGUUGUGACAAUCUUUGGCGUCCAAAGCGGUCUAUUCGUGGCUAUGAACAGCAAAGGGAAGCUGUACGGAUCUGUGAGUGUAUGAGAUGAUCUACGGUUGAUUUCCGCCGGUAGAUGUUCUUAUCAGUAGCCUACUCGAUGACAUGUCACCACUUGAGCUGUAGCAACCACUCCCUCUGCUACAUACACCACAGCACCCCCGACAGCUCCUUUCCGUGUCACAUUGUUGGGCUGGGUUAUGGCAUGCUUCCAGUGCCUGGCCGUGUUUUCAUUGUGGGCCGGAUAAACCCAGGAACGGUAGCGCAGUAGAUCAUUCAGACUGCGCAUUCCAUUCUUAGCAUUGCCAGCCACCACAUGCACCUACUGUCCUUCCCAGAGUAAAGAUGAACUGGCCCAAAAUACCACCCACACACACUGUCUAUGGACCCCACAACACAGCACAUUCAUUAAUGUUCUUGAUGGGAUAGUUAAAUAGUUGGAUUGUGGCUCUAACAUAAUCGGUUUUAUCACCUGCCCUGGUUAUCCCUACCACACAAAAGCAUCAACAUUAAAGACAAAACCAAGCAGUCAAAUGGACUAGCCAACCCCUAUGGCAUUCAUUAAGGAUAUAUGGAAUAUAACUGUUAGAAACAUUAUACACUAUUUUGUCAAGUUUCAAUUUCUACAAAGUAGGUCACGUCUAGGUCAUGUCUUUGCCAUUAUACUGCUCAUACUAAACAUAUAGCCUAUAAUUAAACAUCUUUCUAAUCUUCUCUGUUUUAGGUUCAUUACAACAACGAGUGCAAAUUCAAAGAAACUCUCCUGGCAAAUAAUUACAAUGCUUACGAAUCGGUGGCAUACCCGAGGAUGUACAUUGGACUAAGCAAGACCGGUAAAACAAAAAGAGGAAACCGAGUGUCACCAGCCAUGACGGUGACGCAUUUCUUGCCAAGAAUCUGA